AUGGGCGGAGUGUGCGAGUGCUGCUCGUGGUCGUGCAGACCGGUGUGGCCACUUCUGAUCAUUCUGGCCACAAUGCCGCGCGCGUUGCACUGCUCGGACAGUCGUGCGGCACCUGUUGUUGGAAAAAUGUAUCCGCGAGGCAACCACUGGGCAGUAGGUCACCUGAUGGGAAAGAAGAGCAUCGAGAGUCCGCCUGAACCGCAGGAGACACACCCGGACCGGGACUACCUCCGACCCCCAGAGACCGCCGGGGUCACACAGCGACUGAUGGAGGCUCUGCUGCAACAGAAGACCCAGAAACAGAGGAUGCCACAGGCGGCAGGCAGGCGGCGGCUCCGGCUGCAGAGCGGCUGGAGAGAAGAGGACAGAGACAAAUAUCUCAGAGAGAUGUCAGACCUGCUGCUUCUGGCUUUGGAACUGCGAGACAAUGGCUCCUGA